UCCCUUUGGCCUCGGCGGCGCGCGCGGCGUGGGCUGGUGCUGCUGGCGUCGGGGGCGCGCUUCCCUUGGCGCAUCCAUCCCUCCAUCUCUUCCUUGCUUCCUUCUUGCCUCCUCCGGCCAUGGCGCCGAGCCGCCCGCUGCUGGCGCAGUGCCUGUGCUCCUUCUUCGCCUUCCUCUUCUCCUUCAUCGUGGUGGUGCCUCUCUCGGAGAACAGCCGCGACUUCCGCGGGCGCUGCCUGCUCUUCGCCGAGGGCCUCUGGCUCAGCGCCAACCUGACGGCGGGGCGGCAGCGCUUCACGGUCCAGGAGUGGGGGCCCGAGUCCGCCUGCCGCUUCGGCCUCGCCGCCGGGCUCCUCUCGCUCCUCCUCGCCGCCGCCCAGGCCUGGCGCAGCCUCUUCUUCCUCUGCAAGGGACACGAGGACUCUUUUUUCUAUGCCUUCCUGAAUCUACUGGUCAGCGCCUUUGUGGUAUUUAUCAUCUUUAUCGCCAGCACUAUUGUGACUGUUGGCUUCAACAUGUGGUGUGAUGCUAUUACUGAAAAAGGAAGCAUGCCAAAUAGCUGUGAAGAAUUACAGGAUAUAGAUCUUGAGCUGAAUUUAGAAAACUCAGCAUUCUAUGAUCAGUUUGCCAUCACACAGUUUGGUCUCUGGGCUGCCUGGCUGACCUGGCUAGGAAUUACAGUUUUGGCCUUUUUGAAGGUUUAUCACAACUACAGGCAAGAAGACCUUCUGGAUAGUCUGAUUCAUGAGAAGGAGCUUUUGCUAGGACGAUCCUCUUCACGAACUUCUUUCCAGGAGGAGAAAAGUGGCAUGAUCUAAUGGGCAGAUAACCAUUGUAGGCUUUAGGUUUUGUAAUUAGACUGUGAGGAUUUGAAAAAUAUUAUUGGCAUGCUUUUGAAAGCUUUAAGAAAAGAAAGGGAAUCUGAAAUGAUGCACCCUGUUAAAAGAUAUGUUACCUUUAGGAAUGUCCCAACUGACGCAACCCAUAAGAAUGGUUCACAAAGGCAUGUACAUUUCAUUUAAUUGCUAGACAAAUUUGUCAAAUAUUCAAAAUUUAUGUCCAAUAAAAGGUAUUCCAUUAUUGCUAGCGUCAGGUAUAUUUGGGGAUUAAUUAAUGAUUACUCAUUUACAGAUGCAACCCAUGCAUUGAUACUACAAUUAAGCUGUGAUGAACAUACAAGCGUGAACCAAUCCAUAAACAGUAAACUGUGUACAAUUCUUUGAUAAAAUUUCAUAAUAUUGUGAUAAAUAGCUUGCUUACUUUGGAGUAUCUGACUGGUUUUAGAAUUGGAGACGAUGGCUUAUAUUCCUUCUCGACAUAUUUGAAGAGAGAAGCUUAGUUCACCCAUUCAGGUGUCCUCAAUUCUGUUUUGCGGACGUAGGAUUGGAUACAGUACUUAGAGGAGACUUACAGAAAUCAGGAAAGAAAGUAAGUCUGAAUUAGUUUAAGAACCAUUGAUUUUUGUGUGUUUUCUCUAAGCACAACUAAAUCUGGCUGUAACUCAAUGUUAUUAAUAAUAUGGGCACUCUAUCCCUCUCCCCAAAAGUGAAGGAGCAUAGGCUGGGAAUUGUGCAAAUCAAAUAUCCACUUAGUAGGCUAUCUAGAGUGUCUGCAUCAUGCAUGGUUAUUUAUUGAUUUUGGUAUUUUGGUAUUUAUAUAUUUAUUUAUGUAUGUAUGUGUGUAUUUAUUUUAUAUUCUGCUUUUCAGUGCAGGAUCCAAGGAUGCUGUUUUUCUGGUGAUGGGGUUUAUGUGUUUUCCCACCUCCAUCACCUGAAAGCUCAUGUAAUCUAGUGGGUGGAUGGACUAGAGAUUGCAAACUUUGCAGACUCGUGCUGGAGGUAUAUCUCAGUAUGAAUCUGUUGCAUGGUUUGAAGAAGUGCUGUCCAACCUUUGAUCUUCCAGGUUUUUGGGGCUCCAACUCCCAGAAGCCCUGGCCAUCUGGUCCAGUGCUCAGAAAUUCUGGUAUCUGAAGUCCAAAACACCUGGAGCAUCAAAGGUUGGACACUACUGGUUUAAACCAAUGGUUCCCAAGCUUUGGUCCUCCAGGAAUUUUUGACUUCAGUUCCCAGAAUCACAAGCUGCCAGGAACAUUAGGAUAAAGGUCCAAAAUUCAAGGAAACCAAAGUGGAACUAUUAGCUUAGACAAGAAUUAAGUUCAGCUCUGUAAGUCCAACUCUUACUGCUUCCAUGGCACAAGACCAACUUAAAAGAACAGGGAAGACUAAGCCCCACAUUAGAAACACAGGAUUCAGCUUUCAACAAAUGCUGCCCUGAUCUCUUGAUCAUUGUGGCCAUAUGCUGAAAGUGUUUCAUGUGCUGACAUGCUAAAAAUGUUCAAGUAAUAGGUCGGUUGUCCAGUCAUGUGAAUAAGCAGUUCUGGUCUUCUCUAAAUUAUCAGUAUUAUCUUGGUUAUUCAAUAAUUUGCCUGUAUGUUCAGAUUUAUGCAUGACUACAAUAUGAACAUAGUCCCUGGAAGUUUCGUUUUUUCAGCAGAGCUGAAACUAACUGCCACAUUCAUUCAUAACUGGAAAAAAAUCCCUCCUCUAUGAUACCAUAGUCUGGGAUUUUAGAAAAUGGAAAACUGAAUAAGAAAAAUCAUGAAAUGUUUUCCAAAAAAUGAGAUCUCUGGAAAACAUUCCUGACUCAUUGUUUGCCAAAAGGAAAAAUCACCCCAUAAUCAAAAGGCCAAAGGAUCCUUUUGUUGAAACACAUGUCUUGCAAUCAGUGGCCAAGCAGAAAAUGUGCAAAUCUGAUUGUUUUUGUACUUUUAUCCUUUUUUCAGAUUCAAUCUUUAUUUUAUUUUGUAAACAACUUAUGCUCCUAAUAGAAAUUACCCUAGAAGCUACCUAUGAGGAUAGACGAUUAGAAACAUUUUAGCUUAUCAAGGGAUUUGGGGUGGGUGGGGUGGAUAGGACAUUGCAUUAUCUUAAGUGUGCUUUGUAGAUCUUCUCAAGAGAUCACCAAGUGCACUUUGACUUAGCAUCAGCUUUGAGGUUUGCAUGUAAAAUAUAUAAUUUAUUGCUUGCUCAAAUGUAGUCAGAGAGGCAAUGGUGAACAAUUUGCCUUGUAAGCAGUUGAUAUAUAAUGCCUGCUUCUUCAUAUAUGCAACUAGAAACUUAGUGAUAUAGUUAACUUUAGUAGUGCUCUUUGUGAUAUUGCUCUCUCAUAAAGUGUGUGAAAUCAUUAUAAGAUUACUGCUUCUAAGAGCACAGCUCUAGGCUUAAAAUAAUAGCUGAGGAGUCAAUUCAUGGUUGAACAGGGAUAUUUUCUCUCUUUAGCUUAAACUACCAGGAAUGAUUGUUACAAUCUAAAGGAUUUUGCACACCUCUGAAUGUUGGGAUUGGCAUUUCUUUGCAGGAUUAAGGAUAAUUCUCGCUGAUGUUAUAGAUGGAACUUUGGUUAGUACUAACCAUGGUCAUUUCUCUACUAUAAAUGUAAAAUAUUUUCCCAAGAAUUCUGACAGUAUGUUGGGUGGGGGAUAAAAUAUAGCCUGUGUUGCCUUGAAUGUUCUCCCCUUCCACUUGUAAAAAGUAGUAUAAACUGAUUUUAUUGCAAGCCACUAAAAUCAACCAAUUCCAGAAUUCCAUACAAAGUAGCCAUUGUAGUUAAAGCGGAUACAAGACUUCACAAAUAUACCAAGCUUUUAAUGCAAUCUGAGAUCUUUUACAAAGUUUUAGACCUUUGUUCCCUGUGCAAGCGCUACCAUUUGGAAUCCAUUUUCAUUGGAGAUGUGUCAGAUUAAGCCUUGGAGCUUAGGCAAGGAAAGCUGUUUCAUUAAACCUAAACCAGUGUAAACGUGAUGGUCCUUUACUGCUGAUUUGAGUCUUUAUUGCAUAUUCACAAUGAGGAAGAUGAAUAUUUUGAUUACUCAAUCUAUUCUUGUGAUGUGUAUCUCUCAGAACCCAAUUUACAUUUACAUAUGGGAAAACUGUUGAUAAAGUGUUAAAAUAGAUGCAAAAGGUUUUACUUGCAAUGGAACAACUUAUCAAACAUUUUGGCAGCCCUUACCAUUUAGAAAGUAUUUCAGUGAAUAUGUAAUUUUGAAAUUCGGUCCUCACUUUCAAAACAGAAAAAUAAAAUUUAAAUGCCUGAGAUGGGAACACAGUGACCCCAAAUAUUGGAAAUACUUCAUGUAUUUGCAGAACAUUUGGCACCCCCUCAAUCCUUGAACUUGUUAAUAGGCUCAACAUUUAUAAGGGAAAAUAUAACUCUAUUGUGGGAAUCUGACUCCAUUUUGUCUACUUGCAUUCAGAUUUAGAACUGGGAUAUUGAAAUAGAUUCAACAUAAAUCAAUCAAAUUUUAAAAAUGAAAGAAUUUGAGAUUACGAAAUAGAUUUUGCAUUUAUUCCAGCACUCAUUGAAUGUACAUUCCAGCCUUGCAUUGUUUUUUAAGGAUGUUUAUUCAUUGUUCAGUUGGACAUGAAUAGUAUGAUAUGUACUGGACAACAAUUUAGUUAAAAAUAUUAAAUGCACACUCCUACUUAUUUCAUAUGGAACUGAAGAGGGAACUGUUUUCUCUGUGCAGCAAACUGUAGUUAUUCUUUUGUUAUAGUAAGUUGUAUUCCUGCGGCAAAACGGAUGUAGCAAGGAAUAUUCUCCUGAUCUGAACUAAAGGCCAUAUUACUACUGUAUUUUCUUUGUUUUUGUGUGGAUGGAGGGUUGCCUAAAAUACAUAUUGUUGGUGAUAAUUAAUGAAUAUGUUUUCUAUUAAAUGUUUCUCCCUGUCUCCAAAAGCACAUUGGGAUUCUGAUCUGGUGCCAUAUAUUAAUAAAUUGUCUGAAAGGU